UUGAUCGUGACGGGGCCCAACAUGGGCGGCAAGUCGUGCUACACUCGUACGGCAGCACUUCUGGUGGUUAUGGCGCAGGUGGGCAGUUACGUCCCCGCGACCUCCCUGGAGAUGACCGCGUUCGACGGCGUGUACACCCGCAUGGGGGCCUCGGACAACAUACUGAUGGGCAGGAGUACGUUUUUCGAGGAGAUGUCUGACACAGCAGCGCUGCUAGCCGCUGCAACGCCGCGAAGCCUUGUCGUACUGGACGAGCUGGGUCGUGGUACGGCUACCCACGAUGGCGUGGCGGUAGCGGAGGCGGUCCUGCACCACUUGCUGUCAGUUACGUCGUGUUUGGUUCUGUUCGUGACGCAUUACCCGCAGCUAGCCGAAACGGCUGUGGGAAGGUGGCCCCGGGCUGUACGGGCGUGCCAUAUGGCAUAUGUACGGCAGGACGAGCAGAGCGAGGAGGGGAAGGAGGUGGGGGCGCGGGCGCCUCCUCGCAUCACCUUCCUUUACAAGCUGCGAGAUUGCGCCGCAGAUGAGAGUUUCGGGCUCAACGUGGCUCAGGUG